AUGGCCCCUGAAAGAGACCCCACUAUCAACAGAUCUUUUGCUAACUCGUUACUCCAGGUUCACCUUCAAACCGGCCAGUGUACCAUCUCUGGUGAACACGGUCUCGAUGGUGAUGGACAGUACAAUGGUACCUCCGACCUCCAGCUUGAGCGUAUGAACGUCUACUUCAACCAUGCUAGCGGUGACAAAUACGUUCCCCGUGCCGUUCUCGUCGAUUUGGAGCCCGGUACCAUGGACGCCGUCCGCACCGGUCCCUUCGGCAAGCUCUUCCGCCCCGACAACUUCGUCUUCGGUCAAUCCGGUGCCGGUAACAACUGGGCUAAGGGUCACUACACUGAGGGUGCUGAGCUCGUUGACCAGGUCAUCGAUGUUGUCCGCCGUGAGGCUGAGUCUUGCGACUGUCUCCAGGGUUUCCAAAUCACUCACUCCCUGGGUGGUGGUACCGGUGCCGGUAUGGGUACACUCCUGAUCUCCAAGAUCCGUGAGGAGUUCCCCGACCGUAUGAUGGCCACCUUCUCCGUCGUUCCCUCCCCCAAGGUCUCCGAUACCGUUGUUGAGCCCUACAACGCUACCCUUUCCAUUCACCAGCUUGUUGAGCACUCUGACGAGACCUUCUGUAUUGAUAACGAGGCCCUGUACGACAUCUGCAUGCGUACCCUCAAGCUCUCCGCACCCUCUUACGGUGAUCUCAACCACCUUGUCUCCGCCGUCAUGUCCGGUGUGACCACCUCCCUCCGUUUCCCCGGUCAGCUCAACUCCGAUCUCCGCAAGCUUGCCGUCAACAUGGUUCCAUUCCCCCGUCUGCACUUCUUCAUGGUCGGCUUCGCCCCCUGA